CUGAAAACCCAAUAAAAAACAGACGCACUCUGUGCCUAUCGGUCCGUGCCUUCCGCGGCCACGCCUGCCGCGUGGCCGCGUCGCCGCGACCGGUCAGAUGCCACGUGGUCAGAUGGAAGUGACUGAGGCCUGGCAGCCCACAAGGCGUGCUGCUAGGUUCAAGAUCAAUCUCCUUCAGAUCCGUGGCUGCGCGAUCCUAUUGAUCGCAUUGUCCAUUGGCAGCUUUGCGUCGAUGAUGGCAGAUGGAACCCUGGUGAACACCCACCUUAGUGCCGCCAGGUGUGUGAACGUGCAGUUUCAGCAAGAGAACCCCUUCGAUUGCAAUGGUAUGGUCGUCUCCUUCCCCACGGUCGUGCUCAUCUCCACUAUCCUUUGUUUCGCCACGCUCGCAAGCCUCCUGUGGAUCGCCCUCCACCUGGUGGACUCGGGGCAUGCCUCGCGGGGCAUCCAUGACAUUUCAACGAUGUUGGUGAUCUUCAAUGUGAUCAAGGUCACCUUCGUGUGUCUCCAUGGGAUGUUCAUCGCCAUGACCUGGGAGUCCAAUUUGACGGACACUCGGCUCCUAGGCUUCGUCAUGCUGAGCGUCGAUUUGACCCAGAUUUUGAUCACUUUCUGGAUUUGGAUCAAAGUUCUCCAGCUCCACAAACUCUGCAAGGAGGAUGAUUUGAACUUGACCAAGCUGAGGCUUCAGCGGCUGCCGGAGCGACGCUUUGGGGACUUGGACGCCGAAGAGCGGCCCGAGCAUUGCAUCAUUUGCCUCACUGACUUUGAAGAGAGCAGUCAGGUCUCACGCCUGGCCUGCGGCCAUCUCUUCCAUGCCAGCUGCAUCAAGGAAUGGCUUGGAGGAAAGAAAUCGGCCAGCUGCCCCUACCGAUGCCAUGGAUCUCCCUUGGAGGGAGUCGCCGUUCCGAUGGCUUCGACCGUGCGUGCUCCGACGGAGCCCUGAUCAGGGAAAAGGCAUCAACAUGAGUAUGGCUCAAAGACGGGGUCAUCUCAGCGUUCAGCCUUCCCCAUGAUUAGUAAACCCUUCCCAAUAUGAUGC